GCACGUUGAAAGAUCGUGAGCGUCGUGGACGAUGCGACUGAGGAGACGAGGAAGAUGAACAAAGAUGGCAAGUCGAAGGAGAAGAGUAGCAUGUUGGAUUUCUUGCUAGAAGUGGAAGAUGAAGACGGUGAGAAAUUCGACAAUGAAAGUAUCAUUGAUUUACUAGCCGGAAUUGUUUUUGCUGGCCAUGAAAGCUCUGCAUUUGCAACCAUGUGGGUGCUGUUAUACCUUCGCCAGAAUCCACAAGUCGCUCAAAAAGUUAAGGAGGAACAAGAGGAAAUUGUGAACAACAGACCACCCACACAAAAAGGAUUGUCAAUGAAGGAAAUUAAACAAAUGAAUUACACCGUAAAGGCAGUUAAUGAAACAUUAAGGAAGGCUAAUCUCGGAUUCGGAGUCUUUAGAGAAGCAACCGAAGAUACUGAGAUUAAUGGAUAUGCCAUACCAAAAGGAUGGAAAAUUCUUGUGAUGCAGAGACAUAUACACAUGGAUUCUCAAAUCCAUCCAAACCCUAAAGCAUAUGAUCCUUCAAGAUUUGAUAAUCCAAAAGCCGCUGGGACUUUCUUUCCAUUUGCAUUAGGAGUGAGGACUUGCCCUGGAAGUGAUUUUGCAAGGCUUCAGAUUUAUAUUUUCGUCCAUUACUUUUACCUAAACUACAAGAUUGAAGUAAUUAAUCCAGACUGCAAAAUAAAUUACUUUCCAAUUCCAUUACCUAAAGACAACUGUCUUGCCAAAAUCAUCAAGCUCUCGAGUGACUUCCUUAAGUCCAUAUGUAAGAUAUUUUCCCCAGUUAUCCCAGUUGCUGAGGUGUAUGUACAGAAUUUAAUGUGCAUGUGGAGCUCAUCACCUGCACAUUAA